AUGGCGUUCACAAUCUCAGAAUUUGCAUGUCAAUGUAUGUUUCGCUGCUGUCUUCAACACGACGUGACUAAAUUCCACAACAUUGCAAUGCCCAAAUGCCUGAAGGUGCCACAUUCAUCUGUUCAAGCAAUUCUAUGCAAUUACUCUGACAUCAUCAUUGAACGCGAGGUCCUGAUGCAGAAAUACAUCCACCUGGUUCAAAUAGUGGAGACGGAAAAGGUAGCGGCCAAUCAACUGCGGACCCAGUUGGAGGACCAGGACACGGAGAUUGAGAGGCUUAAAUCUGAGAUUGUAGCUUUGAACAAAACCAAGGAACGGAUGCGCCCGUACCACGUCCCUCACAAUAAUGAAGACCCAGAUAUUAAAAAGAUCAAAAAGGUGCAAAGUUUUAUGCGAGGCUGGCUCUGUCGAAGGAAGUGGAAGAUCAUUGUACAAGAUUAUAUCUGCUCCCCUCACGCCGAGAGCAUGAGGAAACGUAACCAGAUUGUGUUUAACAUGGUGGAGGCAGAGACGGAGUACGUGCACCAGCUGUACAUCCUCGUCAACUGUUUCCUUCGGCCUUUGAGAAUGGCCGCCAGCUCCAAGAAGCCGCCCAUCAGCCACGACGACGUGAGCAGCAUUUUCCUCAACAGCGAGACCAUCAUGUUCUUACACGAGAUCUUCCACCAAGGACUCAAGGCGCGGAUCGCCAACUGGCCCACCCUAGUGCUGGCGGACCUCUUUGACAUCCUGCUGCCGAUGCUGAACAUUUACCAGGAGUUUGUGCGUAACCACCAGUACAGCCUGCAGGUCCUGGCCAACUGCAAACAGAACCGUGACUUCGACAAACUGCUCAAACAGUAUGAGUCCAAUGCCGCGUGUGAGGGCCGCAUGUUAGAGACUUUCCUCACCUACCCCAUGUUUCAAAUUCCGCGGUACAUCAUCACUCUGCAUGAACUGCUGGCUCACACGCCUCAUGAACACGUCGAGCGUAAAAGUCUUGAAUUUGCUAAAUCCAAACUGGAGGAGUUGUCACGAGUGAUGCACGAUGAGGUGAGUGACACAGAAAACAUCAGGAAGAACUUGGCCAUCGAGCGGAUGAUUGUGGAAGGCUGCGACAUUCUGCUGGACACAAGUCAGACUUUUGUGAGGCAGGGCUCGCUGAUCCAGCUGCCCUCGGUCGAAAGAGGGAAACUCAGCAAAGUUCGUCUGGGCUCGUUGUCCCUGAAAAAAGAAGGAGAGCGACAGUGUUUCCUCUUCACCAAACACUUUCUCAUCUGCACGCGCAGCUCCGGAGGCAAACUGCACCUGCUCAAGCAGGGUGGUGUGUUGUCCCUGAUAGACUGCACCCUCAUCGAGGAGCCAGAUGCCAGUGAAGAGGAAUCCAAGGCUGGCCAGGGAUUUGGUCAGCUGGACUUUAAACUGGUUAUAGAGCCAUCGGACUUGCCUGCGUUCACUGUGGUUCUCCUGGCACCGUCAUUGCAAGAAAAGGCUGCAUGGACCAGUGACAUUAGCCAGUGCAUUGAUAACAUUCGUUGUAAUGGCUUGAUGACAAGUGUGUUUGAAGAGAAUUCCAAAGUUACUGUGCCUCAUAUGAUCAAAUCCGAUGUCCGUCUCCAUAAAGAUGAUGUUGACAUUUGCUUCAGCAAGACGCUCAACUCCUGCAAGGUUCCGCAGAUCCGCUACGCCAGUGUGGAGCGCCUUCUGGAGAGGCUCACAGACCUGCGCUUCCUCUCCAUCGACUUCCUCAACACUUUCCUGCACACGUACAGGAUCUUCACCACUGCCGCUGUGGUUAUGGACAAGCUCGCAGACAUCUAUAAGAAGCCCUUCUCCUCUAUUCCCAUCAGCUACCGGACGCAGUAUCACUCAUUUGAUCGUCUGUCCAUCUCAUCCAUCUGUCCUGACUACAGCACCAGAAUCAAGAAGAUAACCAUCGACCAGUCAAAGUCUUUGGAGUUGUUCUUUGCCACCAGUCAAAACAACAGAGGUGGGGACCACAUUAAUGAUAAAUCUCCUCGUCUUUGCCGCAAGUUCUCCUCCCCGCCCCCCCUGUCCAUCCAGUCCCGCACCUCGUCCCCUGUGCGGAUGCGUAAACUGUCGCUCCACUCUCCGGUCACAUCCAAGGUGGGAGGUCUGGACCUGACCAGUCCUGUGUCCAACCCCACCCUGAACCACAACAGCUCCCAGUCUGCAGCCAGCAGCCCCACCUCCGCCGGCACACCCCAGACCCCCACCCUGAGUGCUGUGUCUCCCCCUCCGCCCUCCACCUCACCUCCACACGGCAACUCCACCUCCCCUCCACAUAGCAAUGGCAGGCUUCCCCAGGACCAAGCCCCUCCUAUCCCGUCAUCUCCAGACCAGAGCACCAGCCCCAGUGCAGAGGGGGACGAAGUGCCCAGGGUCGACCCCUUCUGUGGCAAACUGCGCCGCAGCAUUCGCAGAACGGUGCUGGAGUCUGUGUCAUUAGAGAAAAUCCUUCCCGAGUCCCCCCAAAGCAGUGAAGCAGGAGACAUGUCACCGUGCCGAUCCCCCUCCACACCUCGCCACCUCCGCUAUCGCCAGCCAGGAGUCCAGUCUGCAGAAAACUCUCGACACUCAGUUUCUCCAGCGUCGGCCUUCGCUAUCGCCACAGCCGCCGCAGGACACGGGACUCCACCAGUAUUUACAAACUCUGAAAGAACGUGCGAUAAAGAGUUCAUCAUCCGCAGAGCUGCGACUAACAGAGUCCUGAACGUGCUACGCCACUGGGUGUCCAAGCACUCACAGGACUUUGAAAUGAAUGCUGAGUUGAAGAUGUCCGUGGUGUGUCUCUUGGAGGAGGUUCUUCGAGACCCAGACCUGCUGCCUCAGGAGAGGAAAGCCACUGCGAACAUACUGAGUGGACUUUCUCAGGACGAGAUGGAGGAGGCCCAGCUGAGGAUAGAGGAUAUCUUACAAAUGGCGGACUGUCCGAAGGCUGAGUGCUUUGAGUCUCUGUCAGCGAUGGAACUAGCCGAGCAAAUCACACUACUGGACCAUAUUGUCUUCAGAAGCAUCCCCUAUGAAGAGUUCCUGGGCCAAGGCUGGAUGAAAGUAGACAAGACUGAGCGUACGCCUUAUAUAAUGAAAACCAGCAAGCACUUUAAUGAUAUGAGUAACUUGGUGGCAUCUCAGAUCAUGACCCACACAGAUGUAGGCUCCAGGGCCAGCUCUAUAGAGAAGUGGGUGGCUGUGGCUGACAUCUGCCGCUGUCUCAACAACUACAACGGGGUGUUGGAGAUCACCUCUGCUCUUAACCGCAGUGCCAUCUACCGCCUGAAGAAAACCUGGGCCAAAGUCAGCAAACAGACUAAAGCACUAAUGGACAAACUACAGAAGACUGUGUCAUCUGAAGGCCGCUUCAAAAAUCUGAGAGAAACCCUAAAAAACUGCAACCCUCCCUGUGUGCCAUAUCUGGGAAUGUAUCUGACAGACCUGGCCUUUAUUGAAGAAGGAACACCCAACUUUACUGAAGAGGGUCUUGUCAACUUCUCCAAGAUGAGAAUGAUUUCCCAUAUCAUCCGAGAGAUCCGGCAGUUCCAGCAGACUCCUUACAGAAUAGAGCACCAACCCAAGGUGACCCAGUACUUGUUGGAUAAGACUUUGAUCAUGGACGAAGACACACUGUAUGACCUCUCUCUGAAGAUCGAGCCCAGGCUUCCAGCUUGAGCGGAGGGGGCUGUUAUUGGCCAGUGAUCGCAGGCUAAAACGUGGACCCUACGGCUACACGCCCAUUUCAUCUCAUCAGUGCAGAUGGAAGAGCAAUGCAAAGUUACGACAGCUUUGUGCACGGGACAAUAAGAAAGACUGAUGUUAUGAAGAUAUCCGCUGAGAUUCAGUUGGGAACAGGGUUACUGAGUCAUGGCACUUUGAGAGCAGGAGAAUGACUGAUGUUAUGGAGCUGAUAGGAAACGGUUUGAAGCGAAUGACAUGCUGCUGUGCACUCAUUAUUGAUGGCGGAACAGGCAGAUCGGGAAGGCUUGAGAGCUGCGUGGUGGGAAUUGAUCAAAACUAUGGAUUUUACUGAUGUAGCAAAUACAGAGCGUGUGCCGGAGCAGUUUUGGAUAGUUUUCGUAGUCUUUGUUCUGCUGUCUGUGCAUUUCUGUUUCGCAUUAUACUCAGAGCAUGUCUCCCAACACGCUUCUGUCAUGACAAAGAGCUGGCAUGAUUUGAGCUCAAGAUAUUACCGCGCAAAAGGCCUUCAUCCUGACCCUGAUUCUGCCUUAUACUCAGAUUGGUCUAUGCCACUAUUGCAUCCUCAAUGUUGGUUAUGCUCUCAUAUACAAACAGAAAAAAUGUGAAUCUGCUUGAUGUUUUUACUUUUUUGUACCUAAGAAUGCUAAAAAAAUAUUGUCCAUGUGAAUGAUGUUAAAGGUAAUACAUUUUCGUGCCUUCUAAUAGUUUAUGGGUCAGCGUUUCAAUUUGCAAACCCCCCCCCCCCUUAGGAAU